CACGAGGCGCGCCUAGUUGGGCUGCAGCUCCCUGCCGGCCUUCCUGCUGCACGGCGCGCGGGCGGAGGCCCGGCUUGGCGGGAACGCGAGAAGAGCGUGCGGAGCCUCCGGUGCUGGCGGCCGCAACGAGUGGGAUCCUGGGUCCGGCCGCAGCACGCGGAACUGAUCUGAAAGUGGCGGGGCCCGGCGGAGCCGCGAUGAAGCCGAGCAGCGAGGAGGAGGAGGAGGCGGUGUGGGGCGUGGGCCCCUGGGACGAGUGCUUCGAAGUGGCGGUGCAGUUGGCGCUGCGAGCGGGACAGAUCAUCAGAAAAGCCCUCACUGAAGAAAAGCGUGUCUCGACAAAAACCUCCGCUGCAGAUCUUGUGACCGAGACAGAUCACCGCGUAGAAGACCUAAUCGUUUCUGAGUUGCAAAAGCGGUUUCCUUCGCACAGCAGGUUCAUUGCAGAAGAGGCCACAGCCUCCGGGGCCAAGUGCGUGCUUACCCACAGCCCAACCUGGAUCAUCGACCCCAUCGACGGCACCUGUAACUUCGUGCACAGAUUCCCUACUGUGGCAGUUAGCAUCGGAUUUGCAGUUCACCAGGAGCUCCUGGCUAUUAGUAUGAGAACGUGGCCCUAUCAGGGUUCCCAGAGACUUUAUGAACUGAGCCACAGUUCAUGGGACCUGAAGGGAAGGCAGCUGGAAUUCGGAGUGAUUCACCACUGCACGGAGGAGCGGCUGUACACCGGCAGGAGGGGCCAGGGUGCCUUCUGCAACGGCCAGCGGCUCCGGGUCUCCAGGGAGACAGAUCUCUCGAAGGCCUUGGUUCUGACAGAAAUUGGGCCCAAACGUGACCCCGAUACUCUGAAAGUAUUCCUGAGCAACAUGGAGCGGCUGCUGCAUGCCAAGGCUCAUGGGGUCCGAGUGAUUGGAAGCUCCACCUUGGCGCUCUGCUACCUGGCCUCGGGCGCCGCCGAUGCCUAUUAUCAGUUUGGCCUUCACUGCUGGGACCUGGCUGCUGCCACAGUCAUCAUUAGAGAAGCAGGUGGCACUGUGAUAGACACCUCAGGUGGACCCCUUGACCUCAUGUCUUGUAGAGUCGUCGCUGCUGGUACCAGAGAGAUGGCGGCGCUCAUAGCUCAGGCCUUACAGACUAUUAACUACGGACGGGAUGAUGAGAAGUGAGCCACCCACAGACUGGGGCUCAGGCUGAAAUUCAGCAGCUCCCUGGGAAAGAGCUGUCCCCGUGGCGAGGGCUUGGCGACAAAAGUCUCCCGCAGCUCUUGCUGGGACUCGGUGCUGAGCUGAUUUCUCUGUAAUCUCAUGUAGCCUUUUCCAGGUCGGUACAUGUCCUUUCAUCAAAGCCAAACCCAAAUAUCUUGUGAGGUGUGUAUUAGUCACUCAGUCUUGAUUGUUUUUCCGGAGUGUAAAUCUCAGGUAAUAAAGCUUUGGAGUUUGCUCUGGGGCCUCCCCUGCCCACGGUAAUACACAACGCAAUAAAUCGGAGUUAAAGCGG